GAAUGGAGCAACUGAGAAGAUGGCGGUUGGCAUGAGCCAGUUCCCUGGGUCGAGUGACAAGGCCGAGGAACACCGACAGCCUGUCAGCCUGUACCAGCGAGCCGGGACUGCUAGAUCGCGAUGGAUUGGUGUCACCAGUCCGACUCCGAUGAGUAAACGUCUCCAUUGAGGACGAAGAACGCUAUAAAGACCAAGACCACUGCAAAGCCUCGCAGAGAACCAAGCUACUGCUCAUCGAAAUCUCGACCCUCCCGAGCUUAGCUGUACCCUCAUUGAAUUCCCCCUUCACUGCUGCAUCAUCCGACAUGCCCGUUCUCCCCAAGCUUGAAGGCUCAACAUUCGACGCCGACCUCCGCGAUCGGCACAUCAUCUACGACUACGCGGCCCACGACGGCAACGGCAACCCGGAGAAAUGGCGCUACGAGAUCUGGUUCUUCAACGAAGACCGGGUGGUCUACGCCAUCCACGGCGGCCCGAUGGCCGGCCGCAAGAACUUCCAGGCGGCAACGUAUCAGUGCAUCCGUCCCGGCGAGCUAUGGCAGGUCAACUGGUUGGAGGAAACGGGGACGAUUUGCUCCUUGGUGUUCGAUAUCUCGAGCCGACGCUUGAGUACGCUGCUGGGCUUCUCGCAAGGCCACUGGACCCAGAACGAGGCUGCGCAUGGCGACAAGCGCAACUUGGAGGAUUUUGUCCGCUGGCGCGAGUUGGCGAGGAUUGGAUCGUCGCAGGCGGACCGAGUGAUGUUGAGUGAGCAGGCUGUCAUCCUGCAGGAUUUCCACGGAGCGGGGGAGCUCGAGCCGAUUGAUCCGUCCUGGCCAACGCUGUAAGUGGCUGGACGUGGCGCCAAGUGGCUGGAUUUAUGCAUACCUGGUACUGUACACACUAACCUAAUGCUGUACGGUAUGAUCCAAGUACACCCGAUAGGUCAACUCUGGUCAUGCAAUAUGAUGUACAGUACCGUAGAUGAUGCUGUGUUCAUAAAUGCCCAAGCCCGCUUUCGAUCCGGAC